AUGGCAGCCCUGGCACUGCAGCUGGUUGGGCUGGCACUGUCUAUCUUGGGCUGGCUGGGCUCUAUUUUGGCCUGUGCCCUGCCCAUGUGGAAGGUGACGGCUUUCAUCGGAUCCAACAUCAUUGUGGCACAGGUCUUCUGGGAGGGGCUGUGGAUGAACUGUGUUUACGAAAGCACUGGCCAGAUGCAGUGUAAGGUCUAUGACUCCCUACUUGACCUACCAGCAGACCUACAAACCAGCCGCGCCUUGGUGGUGGUCUCCAUCGCCAUGUCUUUCCUGGCUCUCCUGAUUGCCAUCUCUGGAGCAAGGUGCACCCGCUUUGUAGAAGACCCAAAGACCAAGGCUAAAGUUUUGAUGAUAGCUGGUGUGGUGUUCAUCCUAGCUGGAGUGGCGCUCCUCUUUCCUGUCUCCUGGUCAGCAAGGAACAUUGUCAGCAACUUCUAUAAUCCACUCGUUCCUGAGGCCCUGAAGAGAGAACUGGGUAUCUCACUUUACAUAGGUUGGGCAGCUAGUGCUUUCCUGAUCCUUGGUGGAGGCACCUUCUGUUGCUUCCUUCCUCCAAAGGAGGACAAUAAAUCCUAUCCAAUGAGAUACUGGACAGGAAGACACCCUUCUGCCAGCAGCUAUGCCCGCAAAGUCUAUGUAUGACCCUUCUUGGAAAAGCUACCUCUCCUCCCCCCUUACUCCAAGCCUUGAGAAAGAAGGAUUGGCUGGCAAAAAGGACUCAUCCGAUGCAAUGAUGUAACAGAAUAUAAAUCUUGCGAUGCCAAUUGCCUGUCAGGCCUGUCUA